UUAAGAUGUCUCUACCUCUGUACCUCGCUCAUCGCUAUUGCACGGUCACCGCCUCAUCUCCGCGCCUCUCGCCGGCUCCUCUGCCUUGUAUGUGCGCCCUUAGUCUCUGCUCGCCUCUGCUUCCGCGUCCCUGCGUACCUCUGCUCGCCUCCGUCUGUGUCGUCUCAGCCGUCUUGGCCCCGCCGUAGCUUGUCUUCUCUGCCUCGUCUGCCUCUGCAGUGUGCUUCGCGGUGGCUCGCUUCUCUGCCUCCGCCUUUUCUGCCGUGACUUUGCUUCUGCUUCUGCAGUGUACAGCCUUGCCGUCGCCGGAGCCCGGAGCCUUGCGCCAGCCUUGAGCCUUUUCCCUGUUGCUGCUCACAGAGUGUGGUCCUCUUGCCACUGCCGCCACAGCUUACUCUCGCCGUCGACAUUGCCACCAAUUCUGCACGCCGUUUCGCCAUGUUCUAUGCCGUCCUGCCUUGCUCAUCUUCUGCCUAGCCUUCAAUCCUUUCCUGUUGCCGUACCUCUACUCCCCACGAGGAGGAUGAAGUCAGCCCUCCUGACCGCUGCUGACAAGCUCAACUGUCUCUUCCGCACUGCCUUAGGUAGGAAGGGUGAUAUUAUGCGAUAAAAAGCUUCAGGAGCUGCUUGGAUGUGAAAGCAUCUCUGCUAUAAGCUGCCACUCUGCAAGUUCCUGACCACCAACCAGUGACGGCAAAGGUCCCCUCUCCUUCUCAGCCUCUCCGGUUCACAUUCCAUGCUUCUGACAAGGUAAGAUAUUACUCACUCAUCUUGCUUUGGUGUUGCAGCUGCCACUCCACCAGUUCCUGACCACCAACCAGUGACGGCAAAGGUCCCCUCUCUUUCUCAGUCUCUCCGCAUUCAGUGCAGACGAUGAAUAAUUUGAAAAUUGAUUCAUGAAUAAUAAUCAACAAUGGAGUUAUCACAGGAAUGGAGGUCCUUCUUCCCAAUCGGAACACCUGGUGGCGCCCCUCUUCUCCUUUCUGAACCAACCACCACCACUUUAGGCCCCCUCAAAUUCAACCCUGACACUAACUCCCUCAAUCCUCUCUUCUCCUUUUCUGUCUUCCCCUCUCUCCUUCACCUUCCUCCCAUUCUCUCACCCUCCCGUUUUCUCUCUUCCCAUUCCCUCCUCCCUUCAACUGCUUCUUCUCUCUCCUCCUUCGCCCAAAACAAUGCCAUUUCCCCGUCCUCCUAUUUCCUUACUAACCGCCUCCACCUCCUCACUUAUCCAGAUCGCAAAACUGCCAUUGUUUUCUUCCCCACUGGGCCGAACGAUGACAAAAUCGGGUUUUUCAUGCUCUCCGUCACAGACUCCAAGUUGCAAGUCCACCUUGACGGAAACGAUGAUAUUUUCCGUGCGGAGAUGGGAUCCUCCUCUGCUCACCAUAUACUGAAAAUUUUGGUGAACCCUAUUCUUGAACCUCCUCCCUAUUCGGGUAAUGAUUCCUCUUCUCCUGUUAUUGGGUAUUUGUCGGCUUGUACUCUCUAUUCUGUGCACUGGUUCAUUGUGAAGCAUAGUUCUAUUUUCGAUAGGCCUGUUAUGUUAUAUGUGAGCGGUAAAGUUUUCAAGAGUUCUUCCGUUGUUCAUGCUUGUUGGAGCCCUCAUAUAUUGGAAGAGAGUGUGGUGUUGUUAGAAAGUGGUCAAUUGUUCUUGUUUGAUUUGGAGUCUCAUUAUCAUGGUUUGAGUACUUCUUUUAAGGGGACUAGGUUGAAAGUUCUGUGGAAUGAUUCGGGUUAUUGUAGUGAUUGUGUGUGGGUGAGCUGUGAAUUUAGUUGGCAUCCUCGGAUUUUGGUGGUUGCUCGCUCUGAUGCUGUUUUCUUAGUUGACUUGAGAUCCAAGGAAUGUAACGUGAGUUGCCUAAUGAAGAUUGAUAUGUUCCGUAUGUAUGCUCCAAGCGAAAUCGAGCAGUUUCUUGCCUUGUCAAAGGCAGGUCCUAACCAUUUCUUCUGCGCAGUGGCUUCUAGCAGUCUUUUACUUCUCAUUGAUGUGAGGAAGCCUAUGAUGCCAGUGUUACAAUGGAUGCAUAAUAUUGAUGAGCCUUGUUAUGUAACUGUGCUAAGCUUGUCUACCUUGAGGUCCAACUCAAGGGAAGAUGGUUUCAAGUUGGCUUCUGAGUCUGGAUAUUGCAUUAUACUGGGAUCAUUUUGGAAUUGUGAGUUUAAUCUCUUCUGUUAUGGACCUGAAUUGCCAUUCCGAAAAGGAUAUAUUGCUUCGAAGCUUUCAAAUAUUAACAAAGCAUUCUGUGCCUGGGAGCUUCCGUCUGAUAUUGAUUUAUCUGGCUGCAAGUGUCAUUGUGGAGAUUGUCUCUUAAGGGAAGAGCUGUCAAAGGAUGCUCUUCCUGAAUGGAUUGAUUGCCAGCUGAAGAAAGAGAUUGUCUUGGGUUUUGGAAUUUUAAGCAAUGACCUGGCUGCCUUACUUUGUGAACCAGAUGAAAAUGGUGGAUUUACACUGAUAAGGCUGUUGUCAUCUGGAAAGUUUGAAUUGCAAAGAUAUCAUGCUUGUCGGGCUCCAACUAGGAACUUAGAUCAUUGCCACAAAGAAGAAUUAUGGCUGGACAAACACUUGCAUCCCUUCAGUGAGGAGGAAUACAAAUUUCCAAAAAGAUUUCAUCACCUAAAAUUGGCUUACCUUCAGGCAUAUGUUAGUGAUAGUCUUUCUAAAUUGCUACACAGGAAACUAGAAAAGAGUCACAUGCAAACUCGACAGAAGGAAUCUUCUGCGAGUAAAGUGCAUGAGUUUUUGUGUGAGAAAUUAAAUGCUUGUCGGUUUGGUCGGUUAAGAUCAUCUGCUGCAACUGCUGCUGUCUUUAAAGAUAUAAAACCACCAACAAGCCUUCAUGAAGUUGCUUUAAGGAGACUUUGGGCUGACUUGCCUAUGGAGGUGUUGCAAUUGGCAUUUUUAAAUUAUUCUCAGUGUCCGCAAGUUGUAAACAAGCAUAAGAUAGCUUUAGAUUUCUUAGCUUUACCUGACCUUCCUCAGUUGCCUCCAUUCUUCUUACGGAAAUCUUCACACCACGACAAUGAUGACAUUGUGGGUCCAGUUAGGCCAUUUCCAUUUCUACUUGUGCUAAAUGAAUUUUACAACGGGUGCUCAACUUUGGAAGAUGACGAGUUUUCUAUAGAAGCAGAGCUUGGCCUCAAGUACAAUGAAGUAAUGAAGGUGGCUAGUAACAUAACUGUUUCAACUGAUUGCUCUACGGAGAUAUCUCUUUCUGAUGAUCAAGAGGAAGCUUGGGAUGGUUCCUUGAAACGAAAAUCUUUUUUUUCAUAUCGGCCAAUGGCAUUCAAUUGCUCUGCCAAAGAUUUUGUUACAGGGAACUCUGUUUAUAGUGAUGAAAUUUAUGAUACAUUUAUAUUCCAUGUCCGGAAGUCCAGGGAGCAGACAAAGCCUCUUGGACAAGAGGUAUUUGAUGAUCAUUGCCCUGUUGAGUUGAGUCUUCAUGCUCCAUUAGAAAUCUCUGAACCUCAAGGUUUAAAAGCAUAUAAUCUACUGAAGAAACAUAUGUCAAAAUGGGAACAACAUUUUGAUUUGUAUAAGGAGUUUUGUAUCCAAUCUAGAUUUGAAAGUGGUAGUUAACAGGUGUUCCUUCAUUUUUUGUCCUUGUCCCCAUAGAUAAACGUAAAUGAGUUUUAUCCUCUGAAAAAUAUGCUCUUGGCUGAUUCUUCGGGAAAAUAUCAAAUAUGCGAUGCAUUGUAUAUACCUUUUUCCCUUUUUGGGUGUUGAAGCAAGUUUGAGGUCAGCUUUCAUAA